AGGAGGAGGAGGAGGAAGACGAAGAGGAGGAGGAGGACGACGAGGAGGGAGGGAGGAGGAGGCGACGGCUGUCAUUUUUUUUUCAUGUGUACCAACAGGGCACGUUUCUCGGGAGCAAAACCCAGGCGGGUGUAAACUGUCCAUGCAGGCUCCAUCAGCAGGCGUCUAACCGGACCCGGUCUGUCACGGUGCGGUUGAACUUCGGCGGUCAAGAGAGAGCUGUUUUUUUUCUAGAAGACAUUACAUUAAUUCCGUCGAGGUUUCAUUUUUUUGGGUGCCUAUUUCAGCCCGUCCAACGUCUCUCCACUGCAGAUAAUGUGUGAGGAAAAAACCUGCAUUUAUUGGCCUAUUAGCGGCUGAUCUGGACAUCGAGGAGGGAGAAGAAAAAAAACAUGUCAGUGAGUCAACAGCUGGAGUGGAAAACACACGACGGAUCUCGGUCAACGUCCGCGCUUUCUUCAUAGCUGACGUAUGGGCUUUAUUCAACCGUCCAUUCAUUCAGUAAUUCAGCAGGAAAAACCCAGCUGUACCGCCUCAUAUCUGGUCCAAAGAGGACAUCCUUCAGCCAACGAAACCCAGCGGUGAGUGAGGGGCGAGCUGCCUAAUCAUGCUUUAGUUGAAACACACGUUUAGAAACCCGCCUCCCUUUUUUUUUUUUUACUUAAUGCUGUGCGGUUACACCGGUCAAGAAAAACAAACUAACCCCCCUUUUUGUUGUUGUUUUUAAAAGAUGGACUCCCCCCACGCAGACAUUGGCUGUUAAGAUUGAUAAGGUUGCUGUGUUGGAAGAGCAGAAGUUGAGAAGGAAAGGAAGGAAGGAGAGGAGAGGAGAUCUCCGGUUGCUGGUGGAUAACGCGGCUCUAACGCAGCUCGUCUAACCCCCGGGACUAAUAAACGGAAGGAGGCAAGGAGAGGCAGAAUGUGGCAUCGCCGUUACCCUCCGCUGUGACUGAGUGAGGCCAGUGUUGGGGGGACAACCGGUGGUCGUUAAACCUCCGGUGUGUGUGCGCGCGCGUGUGUGUGUGUGUAUGAGGGUGGUGGUGGUGGUGGUAAAAACCGGUUUUUGAUGCGCGAGAAAGUGACGUGCCGCCCUCCCACCUUCCCGCCCUUUGCCACGAGCCUUUUGUCAACCCAAUGGACGAGGCAGCUCCACACUAAUAAAAUCAUCGAUAUCUCUAUUAUUUUAUUAAUUUUUUUUGGAGUGCCUGUCUGUUGAACCCUUUCACUCCGAGUCUCCAAAAUCUCGCGGGAUAUAACAAUAAAAUAAAAAGGGGGUGAAUCUAAAAGAGAGGCGGAUAACAGAUAUUAAGACAAAACAGGAGCCGCCUAUAUGAAGAUGCUGAUGUGUGACCGCGGCGUCCAGAUGCUCGUGACGACGGUGGGCGCGUUCGCCGCCUUCAGCCUCAUGACCAUCGCCGUCGGUACCGAUUACUGGCUGUACUCGCGCGGGGUCUGCCGCGCGAAGAACAGCGGCGACAACGACACGAGCCGCAAGAACGAGGAGGUGAUGACGCACUCCGGCCUCUGGCGAACCUGCUGUCUGGAAGGAACGUUCAGAGGUGUGUGUAAGAAGAUUGAUCACUUCCCGGAGGACGCGGACUAUGAAAAAGAUGCUGCUGAAUACCUCCUACGUGCUGUGCGUGCCUCCAGCAUCUUCCCCAUCAUGAGCGUGGGUCUGCUGUUCCUCGGGGGGCUCUGUGUGGCCGCCAGUGAGUUUUACCGGAGCCGACACAACGUGAUCCUCAGUGCAGGAAUCUUCUUCGUCUCUGCAGGUCUCAGUAACAUCAUAGGGAUUAUUGUCUACAUCUCAGCCAACUCGGGUGACCCGGGUCAGAGCGACAGCAAGAAGUCCUACUCCUACGGCUGGUCCUUCUACUUUGGCGCCCUCUCCUUCAUCAUGGCAGAGAUGGUGGGCGUGCUGGCCGUGCACAUGUUCAUCGAGAAGCACCGCAAGCAACGGGCCAAGUCCCGCACCGAGCUCAUCAAAAAGUCCGCCUUCAGCCGCAUCCCUUCCUACCGCUACCGCUUCCGGCGUCGCUCCAGCGUGCGUUCCUCCGAGGCCCCGAGCCGCGACGCCUCACCGCUGGGGAAAGGCGGCUACACGGGGCCCGCCGCCUCCGAGAUGCCCAUGUACACGCUGAACCCACGUGAGGCAGGCAACGCCGGCACCAAGCCUGGAGGCGGCAUGGGCGGGCUGCUCAACUCGGAGAGGGAGUUCCUCCAAAGCAGCACGCUCACUAAAGACUACAGCAAGGACCCCAACCGCAGGACCACGCCCGUCUGAGAGGUGCCGGCUGCAGAUAUCGCCCAAUCAGAGUAUCAAAGAGAAGGAUGACGAGAAAUACAGGGGGGAGUGCAAGCUUAAGCAGGGGACGCACAGGGUUACGGGGGUGGGAACGGGGUUUGAUAAACUAUGACUGUGAACUGUGAACUUUUAGCCUUUGAACUGUGAAUCCUGAGCCCUGUGAGAGUUUCAGUGUGUGUAGCAGGGUCGGUUUUGAUGGAGAAGUUGUUCCCGACUCCACUUUACCACAUAUCACUGUAGUUAUACCUGUGAAUCCUUACAUAUGAAGGCACAUUCAAUUUAUGUCCAUGAGUGUUAUGAUCAUAAAUUGACUCUCUGGCUUUUUUCGAGGGGGAAACGGGUUUGACCCAAGAUCAAAAGCAUAUCGUAAGUGGUUUGCUGUUUGGGGCAACUUCUCCUUAAAAUUUAAAAUAAUGUGAACUAAAGGAGAAAGGGGAAGGAGGUGAGAGACUCUGUGUGAUCUUUACCUUUUGACCUCUGUCCUCCCGACCUUUUUUUUGGGUAGCAGUUGGAUUAGUGGCAGGGAGCAGCCUUAGAGCUCCGAGCUGUCUCUCUGAUGACGAUUUUAAAAAGUGCGGACGUUAACACCUCAGGAUCGGGAUUGAUUCAUUUUCAGUUCAGCUGGACUCAAAAUAUAAAUUGAAGUUGCGGUUUGUCUAUUGAUGGCGGCACAUUUGUGACACUAGUUAUUAUUUUCUUAUACAUAUUGUAUAUAUACUCCUUUCAUAUUGAUUGAUGGAAAAGCUGUCUUCUUAACAGACUGAACUGAAACUGAGUUGAGCUCAUUCUUGGUAACAUUUACCCCCAUCUCUCUGAUCCCAGGUCAGUUGUUAAAACCUGCUUAGUGGUUUUUGGGGAACCGGGUACACUGACUACAGAUCAGCUGUUAGAGGAGGGGGGGAGGUGUGACUCAACUAAACUAAUGAAUCUCUUUUAGAUGGUAACAUAGAUCAUUGGUGCUUCCUUUUACCCGUUUUCAGCCACAUAAGUCGCAUCUUUAUUUAUUUUGUCACCUUAAAGAGGUGAUCCGAUAUUUGUCUGUCUGUCCGCCUUCACUUGUCACCUUUCACCUUCCACAUUUUUCCGUGUAGCCCCAUAACUCACCUCACUGCCACCCUCUGCACACCUCCUCUCACCCUCUCCUUCUCUUUUAGGUCCUGUCUUCCGUCGGUGUCGCUCGUAGACUAGCUAGGGUUUGUGGAGGUUGUUGGUUCAGGGUACUGCGGAGAGGAGACCGCUGAGCUGUGAAUAUGCUUUAAGGCAGAGCCAAAAAGACAUUAAACAAACAGAUGGACUUUUCAUUUGCCCACUACCUCUUGGUGAAUAUAUUUCAGAUGAGUUUAAUAAAAAGUUGUCUUUUUCUUGCCAGAACCAUUGUCAAAUAUUUCAGCUGCAGAAAUACACACUGAGAAAAUGCUCCCAUCAGCCUAAAGUACACCUCUCUCUGCUCUAAUGGAGGAUCUGCUGGAAAUGAAUUUAAAGAUAAAUAGAUGGAAUUGGCAGAAGUGUCAUGUAUUAUUCAAAGGAUCUGCGCCCCAUCCAUUCAGCUGUCACUCACAGCCUCUCCUCCUCUUUAUCUCCACACAUACUGUAUACAUCUGCACAAAUGCAAACACACACACACACACACACUGUGGCUGUGACAGUCAUGGUCUUAUCAUAUUUCAAACACCUGUACAUUUCUUUUCUGUGACAGAUUCUGGAGAAACAUCAAUACGCUUACGUUCAUCUCUCUUUC